CUUUUAUCUAAAAUUAUACUAUUUAACAGUUUGGUCUACUGUGCAAUGUCAUACCAUUUUAAGAGUGAGAAGGAAAAAGUGGGUUACAUUCUGAGCAUUGUGAAGUAUACAAACUUCAUAAAAUUGGAGGAAACAUAACCGUAGAUACUCCUGAGUCCUGCCCAAUCAAGACUCUCCACGCACCAAAGGCGACACAUAGCCAAUGACAGAUCGUCUAGCAAUCACUCACACACCAGCUCAAAUGGCUUCUAUCUCCGCCGCCGCAGCCGCCGGAACAGCCGCCGCCCGCUUCCUCCCCGCCGCCUCCGCCAGGCUCUCACUCCGCUCCUCGCUCGCUCUCAGCUCCGCCUCCAUCAGAUCGUCUCCUGUUCGUACUCGCCGUUUUCUUCAACAGAAAAGCACUCUGCGAGGGUUUUCGCUUUCGAGCCGGAGAAUUUGUUAUUCGACUGUGGUGUCGCCGAAAUGCGCGGCGUCAGUCCCCGAGCAGGUGAAGAGUGCUCGUGAAGAUAUAAAGGAGCUGCUUAAGACUAAGUUCUGUCACCCUAUUAUGGUUCGACUGGGUUGGCAUGAUGCGGGAACAUAUAACAAGAAUAUUGAGGAGUGGCCAAAGAGGGGAGGUGCUAAUGGAAGUUUAAGAUUUGAAAUAGAACUAAACCAUGGAGCAAAUGCUGGGCUUGUCAAUGCUCUUAAACUUCUUCAGCCCAUCAAGGACAAGUAUUCUAGUGUGACCUAUGCAGACUUGUUUCAAUUGGCUAGUGCUACUGCUAUAGAGGAAGCUGGGGGACCCAAAAUCCCUAUGAAAUAUGGGAGAGUAGACGUAACUGGACCUGAACAAUGCCCAGAAGAAGGAAGGCUCCCAGAUGCUGGUCCUCCGUCACCUGCUGCUCAUUUGCGAGAUGUCUUUUACCGUAUGGGAUUGAGCGAUAAGGUUCUUGAUGACCAGGAAAUAGUUGCUCUUUCGGGUGCACACACUCUUGGAAGGUCAAGGCCGGAUCGUAGUGGGUGGGGCAAACCUGAGACUAAAUAUACGAAAGACGGACCAGGAGCUCCUGGAGGACAAUCAUGGACAGUGCAGUGGCUAAAGUUCGAUAAUUCCUACUUUAAGGAUAUCAAAGAAAAAAGGGAUGAAGAACUGUUAGUUUUACCGACAGAUGCUGUUCUGUUCGAGGAUCCUUCAUUCAAGGAAUAUGCAGAGAAAUAUGCUGUCGAUCAGGAUGCAUUUUUCAACGAUUAUGCUGAAGCUCAUGCUAAGCUUAGCAAUCUUGGAGCUAAGUUUGACCCGCCUGAGGGCUUCUCAUUAGAUGACAGUAGCUCAGUUGAUCAGCCCUGAGACGUUUGUGGCAGCCUAGUGCUCGUUAGGAAAAAGACUAAAAAUUCAAUUCAAGAAACUUCUUUUAUUAUGUGUCGUUGGUUGAAAAUAAACACGAGAUUGACCAAUCGAGUCUCGGAGGCUAUGAAACGAAAGAGUAGAGCCGAGUAUGAGGGUCUCGGCGGAAGCCCAGAUAAGCCUCUCCAAUCAAAAUAUUUUCUUUAUAUCAUAAUUGUGUUUGCUAUUUUGGCAUGUGUGACAUUUUUGGUUGUGAACUAUACUUUUUUUCCAAGUAAAAAUCCAGACAAUUUUUUUUUUUUUUUCCCUACUUUUAACUAGGAAAUAUAAGGUGCAUGCUUAUGUGCUCAUACAUGCUCAUCUUUGCAUGCUCCUCGUUUUUCAUCCCUAAAGAUUAAGAGAUUGUUUGGCUUAAGCUUUGAUUUUUUCUUGAACACUUUAUAGCACUGUAAAUUUAGUAGGUUAAAAUUCUUUAAGCUUUCAGAUAACAGUAAGAUUGCUAGACUGCUGUUAGGCUUACUUUUCCAACACAUAUUUACAUAUUUCUCCAUUGCAAAUGGAGCUGGAAG